UUGGCGGCCGGUCGUGAGGAUGGUGCGUUCCGUUCGCGAACAAAGAAAAAUAUUAUUUUGCAAGUGUCAAGUGGAUAAUGUCGUCUGAGCCUACUAAAGUGCAGGUGGAAUACAUAAACGAGGAUAAAACAGGCAAGGAGGGAAGCGGUCCACAGUCGCCCCUAGCGCUGCUGGCAGCGACGUGCAGCCGUCUCGGUGCCACCAUGGGGCCCGAACAGGAGAAGGAGCAGCAACAUUUCAGUCCACAACAACAAACGCAACAACAACAACAAGCGCAACAACAGGCUCAGCAACAGGCCCAGGCCCAACAACAAGCCCAACAGGCACAGCAGCAAGCUCAACAGCAAGCGCAGCAGGCUCAGCAGCAGGCGCAACAACAAGCACAACAACAACAGCAACAGUUGAUACAACAACAGGUUCAGAGCGAAGCUGCCACUCUUGCAGCAAUUCAGCAGCAGUAUUUGCAGCAGCAGCCGCAACUGAGGGUUAUCAGUUCUGCCGUCGUGCAGCAGCUUAGAGCUCAGGGACUCUCUGGAAAUGAAUUAUCGGCGGCUAUCGCGAACGCAGCUAAUUCCGUCCCCAAUGGCAUUCAAGUUCAACAACCACAGGUGAUAUCAGUACAGCAGCUCCAGUCAUUACUGGGUGGUGGAGUUGUCUCUAACGGCGAGGGCGCCACCUACCAGAACACUCCGCAACAACUGCUGCAGAUACAUCCCCAGUUACUACAGCAACAAGCAGGCAGUGUGUACGGCGGCUGUUUAGUCGGCGGCGGCGUGCAGCCCAUGCAAGCUGUCACCGUGGACGGACAAGAUGCACUCUUCAUACCCGCGCAACACUCGCAGAAUUUCUCUGGCAUGGGCCAAGUGAGCCUUGUCAAUGGACAGCUCGUGCGGACGCCGGUGUUGCCCGCUGGUUUCCUACAAAACGUCAUGCAUCUGCCUACUGCAGGUGGAGGUGUGGCUGUUCGUGGGGGUGUGGGCAGCGUGGGCGGCGUGGGCGUGGGCAUGGUGCCGGUGCAGGUGCCGGUGAGCGUGGCCAACGGACACACCGUGUACCAGACCGUGCACCUGCCCGUGCACGCGCCGCAACAUCUGCAAAUCAUACCGCAGCUGCAGCAGAUGCAAGCCCAACCUCAAGUGGCGAACGUGCUAACGCCAUCGGGCCAGAUACAGCAAAUCCAGAUUGCGUCGUUAGCCAACGUUCAGCAACAAAACGGAGCUACACAAGCCACCGCCAGUGCCGGGCAAACGCCAGGGACCAUAACGCUACAGGUCCCAACGUUGGGUGUGGGCGGCAUCGGCGGAGCCGUACAACUAGUCCCAGCGCUGGGCUUGCCUGGCGUGCAGAUCGCACAGCUACCACAGGCGCAGCCUCAACCACAGCCUGUCAUUGGCCAACAAAUCCAGCAAGACCCCAACGAGCCGGGCAAGUGGCAGAUAGUCACCGUUGGCAACAACAGCAACAAUAGUAACAACAGUAAUAGUGGCAACACAUCGGGCACUGAGUGUGAGAAUGGGAAGGCGAGAGCAGCUAGUCCAAGCGGGAAGCGGAUGAUGAAACGGGUGGCUUGUACUUGUCCGAACUGCGAUCAGGGAGAGAACCGGUUAGUAGAUCGCAAAAAGCAGCAUGUAUGUCACAUAGCAGGCUGCAAUAAAGUGUACGGCAAGACUUCACAUCUACGUGCUCACCUCCGCUGGCACACUGGCGAGAGACCUUUCCUCUGCAAUUGGCUGUUCUGUGGAAAAAGGUUCACACGGUCAGACGAACUACAAAGGCAUAGACGGACGCACACUGGCGAGAAACGGUUCGAAUGCCCCGAGUGCAGCAAGCGGUUUAUGCGCUCAGAUCACCUCGCGAAGCAUGUCCGCAUACACACCAAGAAUCGCAUCACGGAGGUAGCCACCUCAACGCAAUCCAUGUACUCAGACUCCGGCGACGAUAGUUGCGACGAGAAGAUGAUGCUCACCAUUGAGACCAUUCAUCCCGAGGGCGAAGAUGAGAAGCAGCUGGUAAUGAUCCGGCCGGGGGGCAAGAUCGACCCCGACCACGACAGCUAGGACGAGGACAGCGACGGGUAGGCGUCGCUGUGUUAGUUAAGAAAUAUGGAAUGAGUUGUGUCAGUGUUGGAGGCCAGUACGUUCAUAAGUGCUGCUUUCUUGCGUGAAUUAUACAGUGACCUUGAAGGUAAAGAACGGUCGUGAUCCGGCCUGGACGAGACCAAAACAGAUCCCGACAGGAAAAAUGAAAUAUAGAAAGAGAUAGUGAGGCCAGGGGGGUUACCAUGACGUACUAAAGCCGUUCAGUUUAGGUUGAGAGAAAGGGACACAGCUAUAGCAGUUACAUAGCUCCGUCCCUCUCUCUCAACCUAAACUGAACGGCUUUAGCACGUCAUGGUACCCCCCAGUACUUUCAUGUAUAGACAAUGUGACAGAUGAGUGUUACUUCUUGAGUAAAUGAGGCACACUGACAUUUUAUCCCGCCAGGCGGCGCCUGUCCAAGUUUCCAUGUCACUGUCAUUCAUAUGUGUGAGAGAAAAAACAUAUCAUCUUCUCGCUCUCACGUAUGGACUAAUAGGGUGGCGCCAUCUGUCACCUUUGAGUGUGCCUCCUCAUUGCACAGUAUUUAUAAAAACAAAUGUUAAAGGUGGGCAGCCCUGAAGUUUUGCUUGUCGAGCUACAAAUGUGACAUGUGACCAUUUGGUCUAGGGACCAGAUAGAAUAAAAUUAUGCCCUACGUGAACUAGGUUCAGUAAAAAGCCAUUGUAGCACAAAGUUACUGUGUCAAGUUUUGUUUUCGAUUUAGGCUACAAGUUGUAGCUAGACAAGUAGCUAGACAACAUGUAUUGUGCAUAUAGAUGCAUGUUGCUUAACCUGACAACUUGUAGCCUAAAUCGGAAACAAAACUUGACACAGUAACUUUGUGCUACAAUGGCUUCUUUACUGAACCUAGUUCAUGUAUGGCAUAAUUUUUCCCAAAAUAGGAUAUGAUAUUAUAUGUUCUCUUGUUGUAAUCAUGAGUGUGAAAACUAAUAAUACUGCAAGACAGUCUUCGGGAUUCGGGGCUUCUUAGGUAGUCUUCUCCAUUUUAACACGUUUCUUUAUGUGUCACUGCCCCAUGUGUUAAAAUAAGUGAUAUGGUCAGUAUCUUAAUGUAGGUUUCAAUUGAACUUCUAAAAGGAAUCCUGUAAAAAGGUCCUGUUUGUUCUUGAAGCAGAAAGAUUUUUCUGUAAUGGGAAACAAAAAUAUAGCUGUUAGAUAGGGAGAAAAGUAAUUUUAUAAGCAAUAAUGAGAGAAUCAACUUCAUAAUAGAGAGAAAGGCGAUAAAUCAACGUUCGCAAUAAAGGCAUUAUUAUUUAUUUUAGAUUUUAACUUAAUAAACUGUCAAAACAAUUAGUAUCUAUGAGGAGAUUUAUUUUAUAUUCAUUUACUUUAAAUACAAAUCUGAAAUGAGGCCUAAAUAAGAUAAUAUUGUGUGAACUAUCUUAGCGGCAACCCACACUCAGGCGACGUACGUCGUAAGGCGGAACGGACGUCAGCGCCGCGCCGCCCGAGUUAAUUUAAAAAACGUCUCCUCAGUACAUUUUGUAUAGAAAGAACGUAAGACGCGCCUCAAGCGACGCGCCCCAAGCGACGCCUACGACGUGCGUCGCCUGAGUGUGGAUAGUCCCUUACACUGAAAUGAAAGUAUCAUUAAUAAAUUGUAUACUUUAUUGUUCAUUAUUUGUUGUUGUUGUUAGCAUAAUGUUCCUGUCCAAAACAAAAUUGUUAAUAAUAUACUUUAACAUUAAUAGAGCUAUGGCCUUGUACAUUUUUAGAUGUUAUCAUGAGCUCGGUUUAUUUUAUGAUCGUCAAUUGUGAAUCGAUAUAACCACGAGGUAAUUCCAAUUUACAUUUUAGUACGCAAAUUAUUUUUUUUGUUAUCAAUCGAGCUUGCAAUUCACUCGUACUUUUUCGUAGAUGUAUACUAACAAGAUACAAGAGGGAAUGGUAACAAAAUGGCUGAAUUUAAAUACCGAGAUAGAAGUUGGAAUUGUCAUAAUUCAUAUGUCGAGAUUAAUGAAAGUCCAUAAAGUGUAAACGUAAAUUUUAACACUCAAGGCUUAAUAACUGACUGGAUCUAACUAUUGGGCCUUGGAGAGUUAUUCUUGUAAUCAAUGUAAGGUUAGAUGGGGUAAGACAAACAUUGGGAUAAGAUUAACACUUGUAGAGAUCGUUACACUGUUGCUCUUGCCCUUAGUAAAAAAGUUACUUUUACCCCAUUUGACCAUAAGUAAAAAAGUAUAUUUCUGUUAGUCGUCGUUGAGCCGCCUGUAUUGAUAAAAUGUCUAGGGUAUACAAACUAUUUAUUGGUACCGAAUGUUAGCACUUAGCAGUAGAUUGGCGUACCCACGACAGGUUUGUUUACCCUCAUGUUUAAAUUUAAAAUGUUCAUCUGUUUUUGUUUUAAAAGUACAGAAUUGUAAAGUAUUAAGUCAAUAGGGUCCAUCAAAGCUAAGUUAGCUCUUCAGAAAUCACAGUGAUUGAAUGUCGUAUAUUCGAAAUAGAAAAAAUGAUAAUCACAAAUUUUGAUACUGAAAUGCAAAGUUAGCUUGGCCAGACUCGUAUCAAUUUUAACUCCAUAAUGUAAGAGCCCAUUUACAUACAAGAACUCGCAUGUGAGUUAUGUUACACUGCGGUAUUUGAUUGGUGUGAAUUGUAUGUAACCUCAACAAUCCGCAAUGUAACUAAAAUCGCAUAUGAGUUGCCGUAUAAAUGAGCCUUAAGAAGGAAGGAAUU